UUUAGUUCACUUGAACGCGAUUUUGAACUCCAGUCGCAAGGCUUUCAGAGGCGGUGCCACUGCCUGUUUGGAUGCAGAAUGCAGACGAUUAAGUGUGUGGUGGUGGGAGACGGUGCGGUAGGCAAGACAUGCCUCCUUAUUUCUUAUACGACAAAUGCCUUUCCAGAGGAGUACAUUCCCACAGUGUUUGACAACUACAGUGCUCAGAUGAGUGUAGAUGGGCGUACUGUCAGCCUCAACCUCUGGGACACGGCAGGGCAGGAGGAGUAUGACCGUCUGCGCACGCUCUCUUACCCGCAAACUAAUGUUUUCAUCAUUUGCUUUUCCAUCGGAAGCCCUUCAUCACUAGCUAAUGUUCGCCACAAGUGGCACCCGGAGGUGUCUCACCACUGUCCCAGCGUGCCUAUUCUUCUGGUAGGCACCAAGAAGGAUCUGCGUUCAGAUACAGAGACAAUUAAGAAGUUGAAGGAGCAAGGGCUUGCACCCUCUACUCAACAACAGGGUGGCACCCUGUGCAAGCAGAUCAAUGCUGUGAGGUAUCUGGAGUGCUCGGCGCUCCGCCAGGAAGGCGUGCGAGAUGUGUUUGUAGAUGCUGUUCGUGCUGUGCUCUACCCCAUGACCAAAAAGAAUACCAAGAAGUGUGUUCUCUUAUAGUCGGCUGUACAUCAGGGACUGCUGAGGAGUAUAAGCUUAUUAACAAGCUGACCCUUUAUUUGUGUACAUCAUUUAUUUUCUUUC